AUGAGGGGUGGUAGACGGCCCGAUCAUGGAGAAGGGAGUGAGGAGAGGGACAGACUGGUCGUUGCGCACUUUAUGCUUGGUAAUACUUAUCCCUUCACCGAGCAAGACUGGCAUACAACCUUUGACCAAGCCGAAGAGACUGGGCUGGACGCGCUCGCCCUCAACAUAGGUCCUGAAGAAUGGCAGCACGCCCAAGCCCUGUCAGCUUUCCACGUCCUGCAGGGCCGCUCUGGCCGCUUUACACCAUCAGCCACUUCGUUCUACUCGACCCUCUCCCGGAGCGCGUCCGAGCAGAAACUGAGGCUGUUCGUCAGCAUGGAUAUGAAUGUCCUCCCGAAGUGGUCGACGGCCGACGGUGAGCGAUUGAGUAGGAUUAUGGGAGAGCUACUGCGGCAAGAGGGAUAUCUGAGAUGGAAGGGCCGGCGGGUGUUGAGCACAUUCAGUGGUCAUGAUGCUACUUUUGGCGGUGGUGGGUGGGAGGGAUGGCUGGAGGAGCUCAAUCGGGAGCUGGGCGAGAAGAUUUUCUUCUGGCCCUCUUUCUUCCUCCCGCCACAUGAGUUACAAAGCAUCCCCUAUAUCGAUGGGAUCUUCAACUGGAACGCCGCUUGGCCUCUCACCAACAACUCAACCUCUCUUCACGAGGACGACCCGUUCCUCCCUUCCUCCUCUCGACGCCCUUCCCACCCCGCCGGUCGGAAAGCCUACAUGACCUCUAUCUCACCCCUCUUCUUCACGCACUACGGCACGACCGGCCAGUGGGCGUGGAACAAGAAUUGGAUCUUUCCCUCGGAUCGCCUACUCUACCCUACGCGCUGGACCCAGCUGCUCGCGCUCGAAGAGGAAAGACAGCCGGAUAUCAUUCAGGUGAUCAGCUGGAAUGAUCAUGGCGAGUCGCACGCUAUUGGACCGGUAUUGGGCGCUCAGCCGGGCAGCGAGUCAUGGACGGAUGGGAUGGGGCACGAGGCGUUUAGGGAGAUGACUGCUUACUGGGUGGAUUUGUGGAAAGGGGAGGGAAACCGGAGAAAAGACGGGAAAGGCUCGGAGAAUGAGAACAUAAGGGUGUGGAUGUGGUAUAGAACCCACUCGAAGGAUUUGGUGGCUGAUAAGGAUGAGGUGGGGCGGCCGGACAAGGCGGAUUGGGCGCAAGAUCUUAUCAACAUCGUGGUAGUAGUCCCCUCGGAUCUGCGGAGAGGGAAGGAUUUGGAGGUGGUUUUGACGAAUGGGGGAGAGAUGAGGAUGAAGCUGGAACGAGGACGAGCGAGCAUGUUGGCUUCACCAUUUGUGGUGGGAGAGGUGGGCAUCAAGGUGGUACAUGGGGAUGAGGUCCUCUUGGAAGGAGAGGGGAGAAGAAUAGAUGGGGAGAUUGAGAGGUAUAAUUUCAAUAUGUGGUCAGAAUCCUGGGGAACGGGAGCCUCUGAGCGGUAA